AUGAAAAUACCUCUUCUGUGUCUAGACAUCUUCCUGUUCUCCCAGUUUGAGCAGGCAGUCAACAACGACCAAGUAGGAGCGGAGAUCAACUAUAGGAAUUCAGAAACCCCGCUGCUCGAGUCCGUCCUCGAUUCCGUUACUGGCUUCCGGACGCUAGCGUCAGAUUGGGUGACUUAUGGGUUCGGUACUACGGAAUUUGUGAAUAUUUUCAAGGCUGCACUUCAGGCCCAUAAGGAUGCGAGCCUAGUUAUGGAUUUCCCUUUGGGACCGAAUCAGGGACAAGGGGUGUCGGCGAGCCCUGAUGACAAGGGGCUCUAG